CCUGCAAAUGAAAUCAAACCCGGGGCAAGCCCCGGGCCUCGCCCGCCGGCCGCUCCUCCGGUCAACCAGGCGGAGCUUCGCGGCUCAGGGAGCUCCCACCACGCCGUCCUCCAGGCUGCGCGCGGUACCACGCGGCUCCCUGCCCGCAGCGCUGCCGCUCUGUGGCUUUUGGGGCGUCCAGGACCCUCCGAUCUGUUUCAGCGUAAAAUCCGGCGUCCCGGGGUGGACCGAGGUGUGGGGGAGCCGGGCGCCCCCGCCUGCCGUGGCCCCGGGGUGCCGCCCGCGCGGCUGGGAGCACCUGGCCCGGGGCACCCGGCCUCCAAGACUGGAACCCGCCCCGGCCCCGCCCUCGCCUGGCCCUCGCCCUCGGGGCCGCCGGGGUGCGGACUCCGAGCGGGCGGCGGCGGCUCAGCCUCCGAGGUCCAGCCUCACCCUGACUGAAAGGAGAAACAGCUUGUUUUUUGCAGUUGGGGCCAGUCAUCCUAGACCCAGACCCCUGCGGGAAAUACGAGGAGCAAAGACAAACCCCACUACAAGAGGCCACAGUGGUGCCAGGAUGAAGAAAUUAGCGUAACUCAGCCGGAGAGAUCUUGCUGGAGGCUGAAGCCCCAAGGGGUGGCCACCACAACUUAUCAAGCUCUUUCCAAGGUCAGGCCCAGGGCUCAGAACUGAGCGUGCCGGGAUCACACUCUGUGGAGGAUGAGGCUCCUCCGCAGACGCCAUAUGCCUCUGCGCCUGGCCAUGGCAGGCAGCAUCUUCAUGCUCUACCUCUUCAUCCGACAAAAAGAUGAAAGCAACAGAGAGCAGGCCACAGAGAAACUAUGGCUGAAGUCUCUGGUGGGCCAGAAGGAUCAUGUCCUGGAUCUCAUGCUAGGGGCUGUGAACAACCUUAGAGAUUCAAUGCCCAAGCUCCAGAUCAGAGCUCCGGAACUGCAGCAGCCUCUGGUCACCAUAAACCAGUCUUGCCCCACUGGGUUCUACAGCCCAAGUGAGCUAAAGCCUUACUGGGAACGGCCACCGCAGGACCCCAACAGCCCUGGGGCAGAUGGGAAAGCAUUUCAGAAGAGUGACUGGACACCGCAGGAGACCCAGGAAAAAGAAGAGGGCUAUAAGAAGCACUGCUUCAACGCCUUUGCCAGUGACCGGAUCUCCCUGCAGAGAGCCCUGGGUCCUGACACCCGCCCUUCUGAAUGUAUCCACCAGAAGUUCCGACGCUGUCCCCCUCUGCCCACCACUAGCGUCAUCAUUGUCUUCCACAAUGAGGCCUGGUCCACACUGCUGCGAACAGUGUACAGUGUCCUACACACCAGCCCUGCCACCUUACUGAAGGAGAUCAUACUGGUGGAUGAUGCCAGCACUGACGAAUACUUGAAGGAUGAGCUGGAGCGGUAUGUGCAGCAGCUACAGAUCGUGAAGGUGGUGCGGCAGGAGGAGCGCAAGGGGCUGAUCACUGCCCGGCUGCUGGGGGCCAGUGUGGCCCAGGCAGAGGUGCUGACGUUCCUGGAUGCCCACUGCGAGUGCUUCCAUGGCUGGCUGGAGCCCCUCCUGGCUCGAAUUGCUGAGAACAAGAUGGCAGUGGUGAGCCCAGACAUCGUCACCAUUAACUUGAAUACCUUCGAGUUCUCCAAGCCCAUCCCUGAGGGCAGAAUCCAUAGCCGGGGCAACUUUGACUGGAUCCUGACCUUCGGCUGGGAGGCUCUACCUGCACAUGAGAAGCAGAGGCGCAAAGAUGAGACCUACCCCAUCAAAUCCCCGACGUUUGCUGGUGGCCUCUUCUCCAUCUCCAAGUCCUACUUUGAGCACAUCGGUACCUAUGAUAAUCAGAUGGAGAUCUGGGGAGGGGAGAACGUGGAAAUGUCCUUCCGGGUGUGGCAGUGUGGGGGCCAGCUGGAGAUCAUCCCCUGCUCUGUGGUAGGCCACGUGUUCCGUACCAAGAGCCCCCACACCUUCCCCAAGGGCACCAGUGUCAUUGCUCGCAACCAAGUGCGCCUGGCUGAGGUGUGGAUGGAUGACUACAAGAAGAUUUUCUAUAGGAGAAAUCUGCAGGCAGCAAAGAUAGCCCAAGAGAAAUCCUUUGGUGACAUUUCGGAACGACUGCAGCUGAGGGAACGACUACACUGUCACAACUUUUCCUGGUUCUUGAGCAACAUCUACCCAGAGAUGUUUGUUCCUGACCUGAGUCCAACCUUCUAUGGAGCCAUCAAGAACCUCGGCAUCAAUCAAUGCCUGGAUGUGGGUGAGAACAACCGAGGAGGGAAACCCCUCAUCAUGUACUCCUGCCAUGGCCUUGGCGGCAAUCAGUACUUUGAGUAUACGACCCAGAGAGAGCUUCGUCACAACGUUGCUAAACAGCUGUGCCUCCAUGCCAGGGCCGGCACACUGGGCCUUAGGGCCUGUCACUUCACUGGCAAAAAUAGCCAAGUGCCCAAGGAGGAGGAAUGGGAGUUGACCCAGGAUCAGCUCAUCAGGAACUCAGGAUCUGGUACCUGCCUGAUAUCCCAGGACAAAACGCCAGCCAUGGCCCCAUGCAAUCCCAGUGACUUCCACCAGCGCUGGCUCUUUGUCUAGGCCUGCGAUCAUCUCCACUGUAUGAUCCCCUUACAACCCCCAAGUCUUCUCAGGAAACAGGAUUGCAGGUGUCUGGGAACCUGAUCAUCUGUCCUCUGUAGGCCUUCAAGAAGGAUUUGUAAAUGAAAUGGGUGUCAAGGCAGAAGCUACUUGCCCCUUGCAACAACUCUGGGCCCAUUUUCUUUCUCCACACUGACAGAAGAGACUGUGUGGACAUGCCUAGAGCUUUUCUUCUGUUCUUGCAAAAAGGCCUCCAGGGCAGAGGGCAGGCCAAGGGCAGCAACUCUACAGUCAAGAAGAAUACCUCUGCAGCCCUAUCCUGAAGCCUUGAUCAGCCAAAGCACCUACAGAAUUUAGUGAAAUAAUGUGAUCUAAUAGAGGGUUUUGAGGUCAAAGAGAGCCUCCCUUGCUAAUAAUACCUGGUGUGUAGAACUGACUACAUUUAUGGAAAGCAUCCAUUGAGCUUUCCUUUAUCUGAAUUCAUUUGCACAAUAAUCCUGUGAGAAAGACAGGGUGAGAUCUACUGUACCCAUCUUAUAGGUAAGAGAGUAGAAGCGGGGAUAAAGUAUGCCUACAGUUGCAUAACUAGUGGCUGGCUGAAGCUGACACUGAGGCUCAGUCUUCAAUGCUGACCAUGGAUCAUUUCACUGUGCCACAAGAACACUAGACACCUAGCCAGGAGUUUCCCACUCCCUCUCUGCCCUGUUAUCUCCGAGCUACUGUUAGCCUAGAUGAAGUCAAUAAGAGUCCUAGCAAGAUGGAGGGAGCAGGUGUGGCAUCUGUAAUCCCAGCACUUGGUAGGCUGAGGCAGGAGGAUCACGGAGUUCCAGGCCCUCCAGAAAUGCAUGAGAAACCCUGUCUCAAAAAAAAAGAAAAAGACUGAGGAAGCAGGGUCAUUGCGCAGUCAAGCAAGACUGAUUUCAUCUGUGAUGUAUGCAUUAAGUCCUGGUGUGAAGCAGGCCUGAUGUGUGUACUAGCUCUUCCAGCAAUAUGGACCCCGCUGCAGCUGGCUGCUCUGUCUGAUACAGCCCUCUGUCUGGAAGAAGUCUCUCGACGUCAGAAACAGGCUGUGGCCACAUGAGGGUGCCAUGGGACCAUUUCUGCUCCUGUUCGCACGAGCUGGCAGGAGAUCCCUGGAAGCCUUCAGCACCCAGUAAAGACACUCUGAGGUGCCCAGCCAAAGGAAAAGGAGAACCUAGGGAAAAAGGAGAAAAUUCUGUUUCUGAAAGAGAAGAGUUGGACAUCCCUGUGGAAAUAAAGGUUUCAUGGCAUUGGUAGAA